CUCUCCUGGAGAAUGUGAUAAUGAGCAAUCCUUUUUGAGCUUCUGUAAUUCACGUGAUGGAAGUGCACUCACAGUGCCAUUGGCAAAACAUCAUGUCAAUGGAAAUAGGACAGUCGACCCAUUCCCCGAAGGACUACAGAUGGUCAUGUUUGGUAUGGGCUGUUUCUGGGGUGCUGAGAGAAAAUUCUGGGUUCAAAAAGGUGUUUAUUCCACUCAGGUUGGAUAUGCUGGUGGAUUUACCCCAAACCCAAACUAUAAGGAGGUCUGUUCAGGGAUGACUGGCCACGCAGAAGUAGUGAGAGUUGUGUACCAUCCAGACAAAAUCUGCUUUGAAAAACUGCUCAAGGUCUUCUGGGAGAGCCAUGACCCAACACAAGGUAUGCGGCAAGGAAAUGAUGUUGGCACACAGUACCGCUCGGUCAUUUACCCAUACACACAGGAGCAGAUGGCUGCAGCUCUGAAAUCCAAAGAGGCCUAUCAGGAGCUUCAAUGUUUGCUAGACAAAAGUGAGCAGAAACAGAAUGAAAAUUGA